AUUUGACUUGAGAAGUAAAUAGGAGUAAUAAGAGUCCGUGAAAAGCCACCAAAUAGUAAGCGUGGGAAGGAUAGGAAGAAGGACGACUUUGAGAUAUGCGGUGCCCCUACUGCUCGGGGGCCCAAGGUCGCUGCACAACCACCGCGUUGGGACGGUCGGUGACGGAGUGCUGCUCUUGCGGGCGAGUGGUAGUGGAGCGACAGACACAGACCCAUGAUCUCUUCCUCCUGCGUGCUCAAGACUCCCCUCUCUGCCUUGUCACUUCUGACCUCUCUUCUCUCCCUUCUCCUGCUGCCGUGGGCGACACAAACGGCGACGACGAAGACCCUUUCCAGCCCACUGGCUUCAUCACUGCUUUCUCCACAUGGUCUCUCGAGUCCAGCCCUCUAUUUGCUCGCUCUUCCCUCUCCUUUGCCGGCCAUCUUGCUGAACUAGAGCGAGCCCUUGACUCUUCUUCUUCGUCAUCCUCUUCGUCUACGAGCUCCUCCGGAACGGGUGGCGUUGUCGUUGUCGACAACCUUCGUGCUUAUCUUCAGAUCAUCGACGUGUCUUCCAUAUUGGGUCUUGAUUACGAUAUCUCUGAUCACGCCUUUCAACUCUUCCGGGACUGUUCUUCUGCUACUUGUUUGAGGAAUCGCAGUGUGGAAGCACUUGCUACUGCUGCUCUUGUUCAGGCUAUCAGGGAGGCUCAGGAGCCUAGGACACUCCAGGAAAUCUCAAUCGCCUCCAAUGUUCCCCAAAAGGAGAUUGGUAAAUAUAUCAAGAUAUUGGGAGAAGCUCUGCAACUUAGUCAGCCCAUUAACAGCAACUCUAUAUCUGUGCACAUGCCAAGGUUUUGCACUCUCCUCCAACUCAACAAGUCAGCCCAGGAACUGGCUACUCACAUUGGUGAGGUGGUGAUCAACAAAUGCUUCUGCACCCGCCGCAAUCCAAUUAGCAUCUCUGCAGCUGCAAUCUAUCUGGCAUGCCAGUUAGAAGACAAACGCAAGACCCAGGCAGAGAUCUGCAAAGUGACAGGUCUCACUGAGGUCACUCUGAGGAAAGUCUACAAGGAGCUGCUAGAAAACUGGGAUGAUCUUCUUCCAUCUAACUACACUCCUGCUGUCCCCCCAGAGAAAGCAUUUCCUACAACUUCAAUCACCUCAGGCCGGUCAUCAGCUCCUAGAACAGACCUAGCUGAUGUUGCUGCCUUGUUGGACAAAGAUAAGCAAGCUGAUAUUACCAUACCUAAUAAGUCAUCUGAGUUUUCAGAGACAGAUCAUCAAGCUAGAAGCAAAGAAGAGACUGAAAGUAAAGGCAGUUCUCGAGUACCCCAUCCUAGUUCAGCACCAUAUGGAGUGGGGAACACAGAACGGGUGUUGAAUAUUGCGACAAACAUUUGGCAGCCCCAGAUUCCACUUGGUACACCUGGUUCUCGGCCAACAGGUGAGAGGAAUCAGAUUUCUGGUCGAGGUAUUGACAUCAAUGAGGCUCAGCUUAGCACUUCAGACCUUGAGGAGAAGGUUGAUAGAGAUGCUAAGGCUGGUAUAAGUUCUCAAAGGCCAAGCCCAUUUUGCAGUCCCCAAGCCUCAGGUGGGAGCUCAAGUACAUGGCAGUUUCAUUCUCCUCCUGUGACAAGGCCACCUCUUUAUGCUCAGUUUGUGCAGAAACCUCAGAUAAUGCCAGGUUUUCCAGAACCCCAAGGGACUGGGAGUCAAAAGGGCAGUGAGAAAGCAGACCGGGGUGGAGAUACUGAGAGACAAUAGCCUCAAGGCUCUGAGUAUCUAAUAGGGAUUUUUAUCAUGUUUGGGGCCGCCUGCAGAUGAGUGUUCAAUUUGUUCUUCAAAGCUGAGGGCUUAUCUAGUAAAACAGUUUUAGAGCGUCUGCUCUCAUAACAAGGAUUGGAGGCUUUUAGUGAGGAAAAUGUUUAAUUGUUUGGCAGAUGAGAAGCAGUUACGUAGAAGCUUAUGAAGUCAAAGCACUAACUUCUAAUGCUUGCCUGGGACUGUCCUAUAGCCCCUUCGGACGGAGGCAUGAACCACAGUAUUUCUUAGGAACAGGAUUCUAACGAGCCCUAAGAAGGCACCAACCAAGUAGCCUCCUUUGAAACUUCAGAACCAGCCAGGAUUUCCCUCAGAAGAGGUGUUCGCUCUACAGGGUGGUCGUAGAUCAUGUAGUUGAGAUGUGAUGUCCGGUCACUCACAUCAUCUUUUUUUAUCGGUUGCAAUUUGUUUUCUCACAUUCAGGAACCCUUGUAAGAUUUUUUGUAUAAUGUCCAAUAACAGUAUCAACCAUUUCUUUGGAAGGUUUUAUUAUUAUUUUUUGGUGAACAAGGUUUAAAAUCUUUGAUA